CAGCACUUUGAUUACAUACACGUUCUUAUAAUAAAUACGAAAGGAAGGUAGACAUAUGGUCAUUAACAAGAAGUGACUUUCGACGUCAAUAUCGUUCUACCAUCCAUCACUUUUGAUAUAGAUCCAACUACUUCAACCACUCCAUGGAUGAUUGCCUCUUAUAUCCUAUUGCAUUUGCUGCCUUUUUGCUACCUGCGGGUAAAUUGAGUAACCUGUUUGGAUAUUGCGUGAUUUGCCUUAAUGACUCGGUCUCUUUUUCGUCGGUUCUAUUGUCAACGCUGUUGUUGUCAGUAAAUACGUUCUCUUCGUAUUUCGAGCUAUACAAGAUCUCGGCGCAGCUUAAACGAUAAUCAAUGCCAUUGCGUUGUUCGCAAACAGUUACGCUGACGAACAGUAAAGAGGAAUUGUUCUUAGCAUCUUCGGUAGCGGUGGUCCUCUGAGCUCUGUUCUUGGACUCAUAGUUGGAGGCGCACUGGCUUUUACCAUUUGUAUGGAACUGGACCUUUUAUAUAUCGACUAUCUGCUCCUUUGUUGUUC